CCCACUCCACCGCCCCAAAAAAAAUCCAUAGCGGAUUUGGGUGACAGGACCCAGCCUUGCACCUGCAGCGGGUUCCCCGAGCACCCCCGCUGCUAGGCCAGGUCCCGGUCCCGCUCGCAUCCUCUCCUCCGGCAGACAAAAGCGCUAGGCGAGCCAGCGCCGUUCGCGCUCCGCCCCUGGCUCCCGCUCCUCCCCGGGCUCCGCUCCCCCGGCUCCGCUGCCCUCGGCUAUUGCCGCAACAGGCGGCAGCUGGGGCCGAGUAGAAACGGACCUAUUUAUCUGGCCCCUUAAAGCUGUGACCGCUGUUUUGCUUCAGUGGGGAUGGGAAAUAACAUUGUGACCCUACAGCUCUUGCAGAGCAGGGGUUGGAGGGGCAAUGCCUUUCUUCCCUGUGAUAACUAAUUGCGGGCAAUAAUUUCUUACACUGAAUAGGGCUGUUUGAUUUUUUUUCUUAAUGCUUUUCUCCUCUGGAGGAGGGAAAUGCAGCUGUGAGGGGGGUGUGAAGCCUGCUGCAGGCAAACAUUAUUUAGCAAGGCAGCACCUGGUAGAAGGGUUAUGCUAACAGCAACUGCUCAGGCACAGUUCUUGGGUAUUUGCAGGAUUUUAACAAAUCUUGUAGAUACUAUGUAUUUAUUUAUUUAUUUAUUUUUAAGAUACAGUUUGGAAGCAUAACCCCUGUUGUGUAAUUUCCCAUUUAUGCCAGCGAUGAAACCCGUACCCAGCUUCUGUUGCAUAUCUAACUGGCCACAGCACCGCUUUCCUUGCCCUUGACCUACAAACUCCUACAGCUCUGAGCUGUGUGGGAGCAUUCCCAUGCACCCACCUCUUUUGCUGCGCUUUGUCCAAGGACUCCCGUUGCUUGCAUCACUUUGCCUGAUGCCUCGACCAUACGUUGUGGGAUUUGUUGUCCUGCCUCUUCCAUUUACCACUAUUAAUUUUUUAUGUUUUAAUUUUGUGGUUGAGCUGUCCCAGUCCGUAUGUUUCAAUCCAGUGCAGUGGACAAGCCUCUGACCCCUGCAGUGAUGCCCCCUAACCCCUGUGGCACCCGACUGCUGCUUUGACAUCAUCAGCAUCCGUCAGCAUUGCCAGCGCAGCAGGGAAAUCCCUCUCCUGCCAGAUGAUGGACAGAUGCUCUGGUGUACAUCUGCUGCCCCAGCUGCCCACUGGCAGGGCAGAGGGGCUGAGAUGUUUGCUUGUGCCACUGAAGUGAAGGAGAGCUGGAUGUCACCUGCUAGUUUAUGGUAACUGUGCCUUCCUCAGCAGCAGCUUUUAUGGUGGUUAUUCAGUGGGGCUGCAAGAAGGACAUUGUGGACUUUUGUGAAGCUCCAUGGAAAGGUUUCCAGACCUGAUCUUUGACCACAAAUGAUAAAACCAGCACACUUCUCCUUUUCAGGGGCAAAUGGAGACUGAAGGUCAGCCUGAAUUGCCAUGGGCCACAAAUGUUUGAUGGGGUCUGUUGCAGUCAUCUGUCACAUCUGGGCCACAAUGUUUAGCAGAGCUUUGUGCCUUGCUGAAGAAGAUUGCUUGGAUUGCUACCAAAACUGACCAAAGUCCAGGCACUUUGCAGAGAGGGCCAGGGCCAAGGGCUUGUGCCAGUGGGAAACCUGUGCAGCAGAGUCACUUUCCCCUGGUAGGGUCAGGGCAAGAGCCAGGGCCAUGGGUAAAGAGCAUGAUGAUAAGGAAUUUUUAAUCACCAACCCCUCACCUUAAGUUACCUUACAACCUCCCAGGUCAAAGCCAAGGAGCAAUGCCGGCAGGUAAAUGCCCACUUGUGUGGAAGUGCAGGACAGAUCUGACAGAUCUGCUCAUGUAUUUCCUAUUUUGUCUUCCAGCGGAGCCGAGUCCGUCUCUUCAGAUGAAAAAGACAUGGUGCCUGGUGGUGCAGAGGGAGAGAGCUCCACCGAGGAGCACUCAGAAGGAGAGGACAGUUCAGAACACAACUCUAGCAGUACCUCGGAAGAGGAAUCAGAUGCAGAGGAGUCGGAUGGAAGAAAGUCGGAUGAAGAACAGGAGAAGGAAUCACUACCUUGCUGCAAUGACUCAGAAGUGAACUGCCUGCCACCCUGUGAGCACUGCAGAAAUGAAAAUGGACAGAAGGAGCAAGUGACCCCUAGGAGACUUGCUGGAGGGCAAUAUAUAAUGCAUCUGGACACAGAGGGGACUUACCAGUGCAGCCUCACAGGCUUGAUUUUUGAGGUAAUGAAGGCCGCCAAAAUCACAUACUCCCUCUUAUCCUGGAGCAAAUAUGCCAACCUUGUGGAAAAGCCAUGGAUUGUGGGCGGCCCCCUCUUCGACGUUCGCUGUGACUCGGCCACUGCUCUUACUUCCAUCCAGUUUCCCCAUUCUCUCUGCCUUGGUGAUCAUGGCACUGGUAUGGCCUUCAAGGUUUUGCACAUCAAAGGCGAGGGUGCAGCUAUCGAGCCCUCAGCUGACUACUCAGCCUCGCAUGUGAAGUGGCUGGUGAGCUCCCUCUCACCGGUGGGACCUCUCAUUCAGAGCCAGGAGCCGGUGCAGUACCAUGGCGCUGUCAUCCUCUACAAAGUUGUUGACGAGCAUCCCUCCUUAUCCUUUCGUGUCUACGUGGCUACAAACAAUGACUCCUUCAUAAAGGAUAUCUCAAGAGCUGUAAAACAUUCAAAUAAGAAAUUCAUUAAAAUUGACAAGCCACCUGUAUGCCAAAAAUUACUACAGAAGGGAAAGAGGUAUAGAUUAGUUUGUGAGCCAGAAGCUGAAGUAACUCCAGAGGAAAUUGAAUUUGUUGAUGGAUCUCUCUUGAAAUUAAAAAGUUACAUUGAAGUCUAUUUGGAGAAACCUGAUGACUUUACCUUGUCUUUGGUUGAGCUGGAGUCUGAUGCGACCGUAUGGAAAGCAAAACUCAGAGAGAGUGACUGGAUACAUUACGAUCAAAACAAAAAUGAGCAGAAAAGAAGUGCAGUAAGUGUCAAAAAACGGAAACCAGCCCUCAGCAUUUUGGAUGAAGAUUCGAUAAGUAGCAAAAAGCAGAGGACUGGCAAUAAAGCAGGUGGAGUUGAAACAAGAAACUUAACUGACCAGCAGCUGAUGGUGAUUGCAAAAUUGUUUGGUAGGCAGUGGAGAGAAAUUGCCAUUGAGUGUCUUCAGAUGGAAAUGAAAGAUAUUGAGCAGAUCCAGGCAACAGAAGAAGAAGUGAAUAUGCAAAAAUUUCUGCUGUUAAGUAAGUGGAGAGACAGAGAACAAGGCAAUGGAACUGCUGAAGCUUUGUACAAAAGUCUCCAUGAAAAAGCAUCCUAUGAGAUACUGCAAGCACUAGAAGGUUUCUCGGCUCAAUGCUGAGCUGGUGAAGCUGCAGCUAGCAGUAGAACGAUGGGAGCUUCCCCAGCCAACCAUUAUACUUCUCCGCAUCUUGCUUGGAUUUGGGAAGGAAGAUGCGAGGCAUCACUACUGAGCGGAACGUUUAGGCAGAAUAUUCGCAAGAAAUGUGAAUGAAUUUUUGUAUAGAUGUAAGCACACUUAAGACUUUCAGGAGCAAUUACUCAUGCGGUGGAUCUCAGCAUUGCCGCUGGCAGUGCUGGGCUUCACAUACAGGGAAACCCAACACUGCCACCCUGCUUUGUCUCAUGUAAGUUUGUCCUAAAAGACAUGAACACUGGAAGAAAUCAGCUUACCUUGUUCAGGUAUGUGGUUAUUAUCUGGAAACAUUUUUAUUUAAAUCAGGGAAAGUCAGGGAGAAAAGUUAUACAGAAACUUUUGUCCCCUUAAAAAAUAUUGAACUGCCAAAAUCAUGUGGUACAUUGUAUUUCUUACAAAUGCCCAAGAUCAGGGAAGAAUAAUCCUAAACUUGCAGAUAAAUUCCUUUGCAUAAUCACUGUAUAUAUGCAUAAUCACUGUAUAUAUGCAUAAUUACUGUAUAUACUUGUGUACAUUCAGUCCUUGUUAAGCUGUGGUUCUGUUUUCUAAAAACCCAAAGUGUGGUUUCAUGGGAGCACCACUAUUAACUCUCGGCAGCUUUGGAUUUUCUCUGGGAAUUUCCUCUUCAUUCUUUUCUGUAUAGUCUGUCUCAAUUUUUAUGAGAUAAUUUUUUAUGUUGUAUAAUUUUUUUAGUAUUAUAAACUUUUUAUACUUUUUUUUACUUGGUUAAUUUUAACUUGACUAGAAUUAGGUGCUUAAACUAAAAUAGGAGAAGCUAAAAUGUCUGUGAAGGCUGUUACUCUGUUGGCAAUGCACGUACUGCAGAAUUGGAAAAUGUUUGGAAUGAAUGUUAUUUGCAGAAGAGAGUGGCAACCUGAUGCAGCACGUUGUCUUGUUUCUAAGACAUGGAUUGUUUUGAUCAUCUUCCUCUGCAUAUGCUCAUGAAAGAAAAGACAUACUUUUACAAAGUAAGGAUUAAAAAGGAGUCAUUUACACUA